UAUUGGAGUUGGUGAUGAUAGAACAAAAGGCUGCAAUUUCCCUCCUCCACUCAUCUGCAUUUUGGAUUUUGUGGAGAUUGUAAGUGACCGAGUCUCGUGUGGAUUGCCUACUGGUCUGAUGUAUUCACUUAACUUUGUUUCGUCUUCAUUUCUUAAGGGUCGCAGUUAUCAGAUAGAGUCUUCUCAAAGACAUGUCUUGAAGCAACGUCGACGCUUUAUGGAAACCUCCAAAUCCUCGAAACUUUUGUGCACUUGUUCUCAAUCAGGGAGUGGAAAUGCAGUGAGUCGUCGAAAGUUUCUUUUCUCUUCACUUGGAGUUAUUUCUUCAACAGUGUUUCUUUUUUCACAAGCAGCUUCUGCUUCCAGAGAAUAUGCUGGUGUUGGUUAUUUGGGUGGGGGUGACAAAGUCGAUAUCAACAACGCCAAUAUAAGAGCCUAUACUAAGUUUCCCGGUUUCUACCCAAAACUUGCUUCUUUGAUAGUGAAGAAUGGUCCUUACAAGAGCGUCAAUGAUCUCUAUAAUAUAAAGGGAUUGACUGAAGAUCAAAGAGAACUUAUCAAAAAGUAUGAGGAUCGUUUUGUUGCUUUAGAUCCAGCUCCAGAAUAUGAAGUCGACAAGUUUAACAAUGGCCUAUAUCGUUGAAGACACUUUGUGUCGUUGAUGACAUAGUGGGAAGUUCGUUGAGUCGGUUUUCUCAAUACUUUUUAUGCUGUUGAGUGGUCAUAAUAAAGUUUCUCUGAAAGCGCUUGUUGCUUGCAUUGUCUGUUUGAU